CAUAACAAUAUAACUAUGUAUGUACAGUACCUAGUUAGUCCGAAAUCGACCCCCGGCUCCGACAUGCCAGCCCGCUCGUCAGUGUUGUCUUCCCACUUGAACUUUCACCAACGUCUUGUUGCUGUUGUUAGAUCUAGGUCCAGUCCGCUUCACAACUGGAACUGGCACCGGCGCCUGUUUAUCCGAUCUUCCUGUACACACGGGACGGGACACGCGAUACCGCGUGUCUCAGCUGAGCAACCAAUUUGCCCAGCGAAAGAAGGCGUAUGACGAGGCCGGGAGGAUUCCUCGGAUUAAGGUUCGGAAAACCCAUCAGCUUAAGAAGUGAAAGCAACAACAUCUCCGAGAUCAGCACACCAACAUCAUCAUCAUGAUCACCCCUCCGAGAGACGACGACCCCUGGAGCGUGGUCAACGUGGUAGGCCAGUCACCUCCCGUGGACUGCUCCAAGCCGUAUGACCCGUCCGCUCUAGCGGGCAGGACCAUCCUCAUCACGGGGGGCGCGUCCGGCCUCGGCGCGGCCUUCGCGCGGCACUGGGCCGGCCACGGCGCCCACAUCGUCAUCGGCGACAUCAACGACCGCCUGGGCGAGGAACUCGUCGCCGAGCUGCGCUCCUCGCCGUCCGCCGCCCCGGGCCAGGUCAUCGCCUACCAGCACUGCGACGUGACCUCGUGGACGGACCAGGUCGCCCUCUUCCAGACCGCCGUCUCCCUCUCCCCGACCGGCUCCCUCGACGCCGUCGUCGCCGGCGCCGGCAUCGCCGAGUCCGCCAACCUCCUCGACCCCUCCCCGCCCCCGACCCUCUUCGACGCGCCCCCCGCCACCAUCGACGCCUCCACCCCGCCUCCCCCGCUCCGCGUCCUCGCCGUCAACCUGACCGGCGUCAUGUACACCGCCCACCUGGCCCUGCACCACCUCCCCCGCAAGAAGCACGACGGCCGCCGGGACAACGGCGACCGCGACGGCGACCGCCACCUCCUGCUGAUCGCCUCCAUCGCCGGGCUGCUGCCGCUGCCGGGGCAGACCGAGUACACGGCGUCGAAGCACGCGGUGGUGGGCAUGUUCCGGGCGCUGCGCGGGACCGCCUGGGCGACGCGCGGGGUCCGCGUCAACGCGCUGGCGCCCUACUUCGUCGACACGCCCAUCCUGCCCGGCUCCGCCGUCGCCCUGCUCGCCGGCGCGGGCCAGACCGACCCGGCCGACGUCGUCGACGCCGCCACCCGCCUGGUCGCCGACCGGCAGAUCAGGGGGCGCGCCCUGUGCGUGGGACCCAAGGUGAGGCUCGUCGACGCGGACGGCGGCGGCGGCGAGGCGGGGGAGGGGAAGGAGGGGGGGCUCGGGGGGGCCGGCGUGCGGGUGGUGGAGGGGCUGGGAGAGCAGCCGGGGGAGAGGAGGCAGGCGGUCUGGGAGAUGUACGGGCACGACUACGCGCGAGUCGAGACCUUCGUCUGGAGGUACUUGGCGGUGCUGAACUUGAUGAGGCAAGUCAGGGGGUGGGUCGGGUUCGUCGGUGAUCUGUUGGAGGUCUGGUUUCGCAGGAGGGCGAGGGAGAGGAGGAAGUAAGACUGCACCUGCUGUUGCUUAGCCGCCUCUUUCCAGGGUUAGAUAGAUCGGAUGAUUCCCGACAGUUAGGGAUUUGGCGAGUUUCAAGAUCGCCCUGAUCUCCCGUAUUG